AUGUCUUCCCAAGCAAACAACAACAACAACAACAAUGCCAACAAUAGCACUCGAGCUCCUCGUCCGGAGGACUUCUUCGCCUCCUUCUUCCCGGGUCUAAACCCACCCACCGGCAGCGGCGUUGAUCAUCUCGGCAACGAUUUCUUUACCCACUUGGCUGGUGCCUUCCAACCUCCUCCCCCUCCGCCGCAUGCUGGACCCUGGGCCGGAGCUGCUUUCAGCGGUGAUUUUGAUGAUUGGAACCCUUGGCUGCACCACGGGCCUCCAAGGCAUACUCAUCGUGGGGGCGGCCCUCAUCGUCAUCGACAUGGCCAGGGCCAGGGCCCUGGACCACGAGGCCAUCACGCCAGGGACGAACAGCAGCAACAACCUCGUGAUCCGGCCUCUGCCGGCGAAGACGUACCCGAUCCCGCAGAAGUGACGCCCGACGAGGACUCAUCAUCUUCCUCCCCGGGUGGAGCUCGCCAGUGCCCGCGCCGUGAGCAACAAUUCAACCCCUUGGCGAACGCCGCGCAGAGGAUGAGCGAGGUCCUGAAGAACCACCUUCAGAAUUACAACAAUGCCUCCUCUGCCACGAACAACGGUCCAAGGACUACCGACAAUGAUGUUGACUGCUUCACUCCCCCCAUGGACCUUUUCGACGCCGUCACGACUUAUACCCUGCACACUCCCCUACCCGGUGCAAAGAAGGAGGAUGUCGGUAUCUCCUUCGAUCCCGAGACCGCCAAGCUGUCCAUAUCGGGAGUUAUCCACCGCCCUGGCGACGAAGAGUUCCAGAAGACGCUUGUAGGCAAGGGCGAGCGUACCGUGGGCAUGUUCAAGCGCGAGGUUGAGCUGAAGGACGAGGUCGACGCGGCGGGUAUCACCGCCAAGAUGGAGGAUGGCAUCUUGAUUGUGACCGUGCCCAAGGUCGAGAAGGGCUGGACCGAGAUCCACAAGAUUGAAAUCGAAUAG